GUCACUUGAUGCUAACAGCUGCUAGAGGAAGAAUUAACUGAAUGAUGGCCAUGUCUCUCGGCGACGACACACUGCUGUGCAAUUACCCAAAGUGUCGGGCAAAGCUUAGCGGCUUCGCCUGGGUCACAUCCUGCUCCCACGUGUUCUGUGAUCAGCACGGAUCCGGUGAGUUCAGCCGCUCUCCUGCCAUCUGCCCGGCGUGCUCCACUGCCCUGUCCGGGAAGCUGGACAUUGUGAGGACAGAGCUGUCGCCCACCGAGGAGUAUAAAGCCAUGGUGCUGGCAGGUCUGCGACCAGACAUAGUCCUGGACAUCAGUUCUCGUGCUCUUGCCUUCUGGAGCUACCAGGUCCAUCAGGAGCGUAUGUACCAAGAGUACAGUCUAUCCCGCGCUGACACACAGCUGAAGCAGAUGGAGAAAGUUCUGAACCAGCAGAACCAGAGCAGAGAACUAGAACUCACCGCAAUGAGGGGGGAGAUCACCUCGCUGAAGAAAGUGAUGGAGGAGUACAAGAGGAAGUACAGUGAGGUGUCAGAGAGGCUGAUGGAGAGGAACAGGCAGUACCAGAAGCUACAGGGCUUGUACGACUCCCUGAGGCUGCGUAACAUGGUGGUGGGAACCGGGGAGCGAGACAUGCCACAACAACAUGGAAAUCGAGACUUGAGCAUCGCGAUGGGCCGGCAGGCGACCCCUCAGAGAAGCCCUCAGUUCCUCUCACCUGCCCCCCUCGGCGAUUCUCGUUUCUUCUCCUGCCUGGAGGCCGACGGAGCCAAGACCUUCUUCCAGUUCAGCUCUCCGGCCAGGGACAAGAACCAGCCCUUCAUCAAUAAGCACUGAAAGCAAAUCUUUACUUUUAUGCUUGCUGUCAAAUUUACAGAUGUUUUCCCUGGUAUGUUCUGAUGAUUUAUAAAUACUAUAAGUGUAUUUCUUGCAUUAAUUGACUGUAUUAUAUUUUCUAGAUACAAUAGUAGAUUUUUCGGUUUUGGUGACUUUUAUUUUCAUCUGUGUAGAUCAUUUAGCGAUGGCCUGGCAGGCCAUCGCUAAAUGUGGAUUUGGUUCACAUUGACUAAUAUAAUUCAGUAGUUAUAUAGAUUUUUUUUUUAUUUAACUGAUAGACUUAUUACUGAGGGUAUAAAUUGUAAACAUGUUUACCAGUGCACUGUAAUGAACAAUCAAAGCUGGUGGUUAUGUGAAACCCAGGGUGGGACUGAAUGUUUGAGAAUAUUAAAGAAUAUUAAAUAAAAUGUUCUGGAAAUAGUUUUACAGAAUGAAACAUGAAUUGCACUUAGUUUUAUACUUUAUUUACCUAUUGAAAAUAUGCAAACGGCUGU